GUUUGGCAUCCCCCUGUUGGGAGGAGAUAGGAAGAAAGUGCUUGCCAUCCUGAGCUUAGGGACAGGGCUCACGUUUUGAAAGGCAUCGCAUUCAACCAGUGUACGGUCCUUCUUGCAAAGGAAGGCAAGGCGACAGGGACCAUGAGUGAGAAUGGCCCUCGAACAGAGGCGCCAAUGUACUUCGAGGUGGAGGUGGACCAGCUGGAGCGGGAAGACGAAGAAGAGGACGACAAGAUCCACUAUGACAAAGACGACGACCUGAUCGCUGAGCCGUCAUCCUCGUCCGGGCGCGUGUACGACCGCACCACCGUGCUCAUCGAGCGAGACCCCAUCCGCCUUGACGAGGAAGGCGAAGAGGAGGGGCAUUGUGGAGGCGAUGAAGAUGGAGUCACCUUUUUAACUGAAGGGGAGGGUGAUGCGGACGAGGAGGAGGGAUCUCUGGCCUUCAUGGCCGACCCCGAUGGGAUGUCUCAGGGUUAUGUGCAUCACACGAUUUCUCCUGAUCAGAUCCAGUUCACCAUAAACCCAGGCUCCACGCCGAUGCCCCGCAACAUAGAGGGCGCUACGCUCACCUUGCACUCCGAGUGCCCAGAGACCAAGCAGAGAGAGGUAAAACGCUAUCAGUGCAUGUUUGAAGGGUGCACUCGGACCUACAGCACAGCAGGAAACCUGCGGACACACCAGAAAACACACCGUGGCGAGUACACGUUUGUGUGCAAUCAGCAGGGCUGCGGAAAGGCCUUUCUCACCUCUUACAGUCUCAAAAUCCACGUACGUGUUCACACGAAGGAGAAACCUUUCGAGUGUGACGUGCAGGGCUGUGAAAAGGCCUUCAACACACUGUACAGGCUAAAGGCUCACCAGAGACUUCACACAGGCAAGACAUUCAACUGCGAAUCGGAGGGAUGCACAAAGUACUUUACCACACUUAGUGACCUGAGGAAGCACAUUCGCACUCACACUGGGGAGAAGCCAUUUCGGUGUGAUCAUGAUGGAUGCGGGAAAGCCUUUGCUGCAAGUCAUCAUCUCAAAACACACGUACGAACACACACAGGCGAGAAGCCUUUCAACUGUCCCAGUGAUGGCUGUGAAAAGACGUUUAGCACUCAGUACAGUCUGAAGAGUCACAUCAGGGGCCACGACAAAGGACAGCCGUUCACUGUGACCCUCACACACCCACACUCUGAAGAUGCAAAUCACUCACUGUGCCUCAGUGACUUGAGUCUCAUCUCUACUGACUCAGAGCUACGAGAGAACAUCAAUAAUGCUCAAAACCUGGACCUCAACAACGUGACUCCUAUAAAAAUAUUUGAACUCAUGUUCCAGAGUCCUGAAAAUAGCAUAAGCCAAGAUGACCCACAUCCCACCAAGAAUUUAGGUGAAACUUUCUGCAUAGAGACCUCUACCCAACCAGGCAUGACUGAUGUUUCGUCAGUAAUCUCGUUCUCUGUCAAUCCUACCUCCUCAUCAUCCUGCACCAACAAUGCUGCUGUCCUGGAGGCUUCUUCCCAACAUAUUCAAAGCUCCUCCCCUCAGGCACACACUCCUGUCCCUGUGACUGCUAGUGUCAACUCCACACAGAACCCUCCUUUCAUGCAGCUCAGUGGGGCUCAGCAGAUUUCAGAUGUGCCUCCGGCUCCUGUCCAAGCGUCAAACCAUGUCACCUCUCAACACUAUGUGGCACUGCCACCUACAUUCCUCCAGACAGAAAGUGCUACUCAGACUUCUCCUCUACCGCAGCCCAUCUCUGGUCCAGCUCUGACCUCCGCAGCUCCAGUUUCUGCAGCCGCCACAGUGGAUGGGCUUUCAGCUGCACCUCAACCUGUGCCUUUGGCCAGCAGCGCUGUCACCAACAGCGACCCCAGCCAGGUUACCACUCCUGCCACCAUCACCAUAGCGUCGACUCCAAACGUGCUCCAGCCCAGCCUCGUCAUGUCAGACCAGAACCUCCAGUGGAUCCUGAGCAGUGCUGCUAACAGCCAGCAGAACCCUGAGCAAGCAUCUCACCAAGGAGCUCCAAAAGUCGAAAAGGUCUUCUUUACUACAGCCAUACCAGUUGGAGGAAGUGCUGGUAACUCUGUCCAGCAGAUUGGCCUCAGCCUGCCUGUCAUCAUCAUCAAACAGGAGGAGUCCUGCCAGUGCCAAUGUGCCUGCAGGGACUCUGUGAAAGACAAGACCGCAAAGAGUGCCUCCUCCAUCAUUUCAGCCCCUUCACAGCAGCAAACUGUAGAGCCCACUCCCCAGCUGUCAUCUGAGCCUCCACCACACUCAACCACUUCAUCUUUGUCUUGCUGCCUCCCCAAGUCUUCCUCCAAGGUGGGUGAGCCAAGACCAGAAGCCCCCUCUUCCUCUUCCUCCUCCUCUACUGCAGCUCAGAGUUUCUCCCCAAUAGUGAGCAACACUGCCGCCCACCCACCCACAUCAGACGGGCUAGCCAAUAUGGACGUCUCAGACUUCCUGUCCAUUCAGAGUCCCGAGACAGCCGCCAACAUCGAAGCUCUGCUGCUUGUCGCGGAUGACUUCAACAUGACCACUGACAGCGGUCCUUAAGAGAAUUUCCACCCUGCUUUACUUUUCCACCCACAGCUCCAAUAAUUCUUCAAACAGAUGCCUCAUCCUUCACUGUGCAUAUUUUGUGCAUGUCCAACCCUCUGUGCAGUGCAUUCUGUUCUGUAUGGCACUGUGUGGCAUAUAUACAAACCUGUAAAAACUAGGAGUAUGUUUUUGAUUUCUGCAGUAGUUGCAGUUAGUUUGCUCACAGAGAUUUAGCAGCCUUUAGGCAAAUCAAUUCUGCAAGAAGCAGUUGAUCCUUUGUGGAAAAUAUUGCCUGUAUAUAUUAAUCCUAUUGAUAUCUACUCAUGAACUGAUGAAAUGUUGUCAAAGCACUGAUAAUAUAAAAAGGUUGUGUUACUGAGCAGUAAGGAAAACAAAAAUAUUUCUAUAUCUUCGUACUGUACCAUAGGGCCUAUCAAACGCUUCAAACUGGUAUGCAACUGACCAGAAUGCACUGUAUAUUGGAGGAAUUUGCUCUUACUUUAAUCAUGUUUGAUUUAAAGCCUAAUUUAGCUCAUAUGAAGUUGUUUCCUUAGCAUUCACAUUGAAAAAUGUAUGUAAUCAGAAAAUGUGAUUACUAAUUGAGAAGAACUUAUGAUUAGUUCUGCCUGUCUUUUAAAUGGCAUUAAGUCUAUUGGUAAGUUGCCUCUAACUUAAACUAACUUAAUUUUUUGUAUGUUAAUUUAUUUAAAUGCUUGAUUCUUUUACUAUACAGGUAAAAUUCUACUUUAUUAGAGUAGGAAAUUAAUCUAAUUUAUUUCAAUCAGGUGUGCUUUUAAGUUGAAUUUUAUUUCUUUCCUUAUUUGGUUACUGACAUGCUUAACGAGUUUUGCUGAAAGCAAGUUUGUGAAAAGAUUAACCUCUAGUUUAAUGCACAGUAAAGCAAACUGUUGUCAAGGAUCUCCAAGAUAUGACCACACUUAGUUUGCAACUACUGUCACCAUCCCAUGUUUUCAGGGUUGGGACCCUCUCAGGGAUGCAUCAAGUCAUAACUGAUCCCUGUUCCCUGAGUUUGUUAGACUCGUUUCCUUUUCCCAGAAGACACACUUGCAGUAGCCCUAUGUUUUGCUGCACUCUUCCCUGUUUUUUGCACACUUCCUUGUAAAAAGAAUAAUUUCACAGCUUGCAAGCUGAGAGGCGACACCACUACAGACUUUUUUGUAUACAACUGCUGUAAAGUAGCAUUUAAAAGCUGGUGUCUGGAGAUUGUAGAUAGAGUACAUUUUAGUGUAAGCAUCUUUGAAAACCUUGUAAGACUACAGGAUUUGUAUUUUUGUAUAGAAUUUUGAGCUCAGAGUUUGAACCUAAUCUAUCCUGCAUCUUUACAUUCCCCACUCCUUACCCCAAUCACAUUUAUGUAGAGCAGUUUUGAGUUUUUGCCGUGUUUAGUUGAAUUGUUCUAUAACCAACUGGGCUUCUGUACAGUCACUAUUUGUAUAAAAAAUGUAACUUAUAGCCUUUUGGUAAGAAUAUAAUUUAAUAAGUAUUGUUUCACAUGGGACACAAUGCAAUGAUGACAGAACCAAGGCAUUAUUUCCAGCAGGUUUUGAUAUGGAAGCUCCUUGACCUAACAGAUCAUUCUACAAGCAUCUUUGCCUUGAUCAUCUCUCCAUCACAUUUCAAAAUAUUAAUUUUUAUCUCUUAUAUGGAUCACUUUGGCCAAAAUAGUAAAAGUUUCUUCACAAUGUCUAGUUUUUGUUUUCUGGAACGGAUGUUUGGAAGAAUGCAAUGAAUUGCUCUAUGAUGGAACAGAAAGCUGACUUUUAAUUCAUGGUCAUAGUUAAAAUGUUAAAAUCUGGUAGUUUUUGGCCAUUUCACAUAAAUUGAGAGGCACAAUAAUCAGGAUAUGUUGUCUUGAGUCAGUAAACUCAAUGCUGGGCUCAUUUAAAAUGUAAGUGUAGUACUGAAAAAGUUAAGCCACCCAUUUUUUGUAUUUUGAUAAAAGCAGAACAGAUUCUUAUAACCAUGCUAAAGGACUCGAGCAAUGGUUUUUCAAAAGUUGCCUUUUCAUCGUUUUCAAGCUGGUCCUAGUGCCUAAUCAUUUUGGUGAUCAGAACUGCUUGAAAAUGAAAUUACAGAUCCAACAUGGGUGUCAAAAAUGUUAAAUUAUAAACAGGUGUGUAAAGAAGAUGUAUUUAAGCUCAGAGCUCUUUGGAAGACCUUUUUAAAAUUUAAAUGUUUUGGCUUUGAAACAACUUUGUCCCCUAAUAUCAGUUCAUUAAAAGGUGCCUCCUUUCACAAACUAUACUUGAGUCAAGAGCUGAAUAAGAAUCUGCAACUUUGAUUCUACCUUAAGCAUGUCAAGUGUAGUUGGCACAAACCCAAAGCAACAUUUUUCCCCAGCAUAGUAAACAGUUCUUUAAAGUUUGAACAGAAGUCAACUAUUUUAAAGCAAUAUACAAAUGUGUGGCUUACAAUUUUUAAUAUCGUACUGCAGUGUUCAGAAUCCCACUCGCAUAGUGCUUGAAAUCACUCCCUGCAUUUGAAAAUGUCUGAAAAAAAAAAUCUGACACUAAAAACUACUGCAAGAAAGCCAAGCGCCCAUUCCUUUUAUUUUUACAUGUACUGUCAAUUUACAGUGCAAAACUAUGCAAUUUAAGGUGGCAUUUGGAAUUUAAAUACUGACUCAAGAUUUCAUUUUUCCUUCUACAUGAUUAC